AUGCUUUCUACAGAACCUCAGGCUACCCAAGGCUCGGACAAUGAAGAAUCAAAGGUCCCUGAUGUUGAAUCAUCAGUCUCCAAGGACUCCGUCCUUCCUUCACAGUUAGAUGAAUUUCCUGAAGGCGGUCUUGCAGCUUGGUCCACUGCCUUUGGGUCGUUUCUUAUAUUGUUCUGCGGUUGGGGUUACACCACCUCCUUUGGUGUAUACCAAGACUUCUAUACUCAGCAUUACCUCACAAAUAAGACACAAUUUGCUAUUUCAUCAAUUGGGAGCUUCAAUGCAUUUUUGGGCACCGCUGUAAGCCUUGUAGCAGGUUUACUGUAUGACCGAGGUUAUUUUUAUCAUCUUGUCAUCACCGGAUCACUUUUGCAGAGCUUAUCUAUCUUCAUGCUAUCAUUGGCGAAGCCUAAUCAGUACUACCAGAUAUUCCUUACUCAAGGCUUAUGCUCUGGUGUCGCGUUGGGGCUCCUGUACGUCCCGAGCCUGGCUGUCGUCUCUCAUUAUUUCAAACGGAAACGCACGCUGGUGAUGACGCUCGUUAUUCCGGGUUCAUCGCUGGGUGCUAUCAUCCAUCCGAUUAUGCUUAAUAACCUCCUGAAUGGGCAGCUCGGUUUUGCCAAUACCGUACGUGCAAGUGCAGGGAUGGUCAGCGCGCUGCUUUUAAUUGCAUGCUUGUGUAUGCGAACCCGCCUUGAUCCACCGACGACACCAGUGAAUUACAUUGCAGCAGCUAAAAAAUGUUUUCAUGAUGUUCCGUUUAUUUUCGCUCUAGCAGGGGCCUUUCUUGUCCAGAUUGGCUUCUACUACCCUUUAUUCUUUCUUCAACUCGACUCUGUCAAGCACGGUAUCGGCAUCGACUUUUCGUUUUACUCUCUCGUGAUUUUAAAUGUGUCCAGCUGUGUGGGACGAGUUACAUCAGGGUACAUUGCAGCGUAUAUAGGAGUCCCAAACUUAACCGUGAUUUCGGCAAUUAUGUGCGGAGCGGUGAUUUUGGGCACUAUUGGAUUAAGUAGCCUGACCAGCGUCGUUAUUCUUGGUGUACUUUACGGCUAUUCUUCGGGUGUGUAUAACGCAAUGGUGGGUCCACUCGUGGCUGUCCUAACGCCCGACCCCUCUGAGCUUGGUGGGUGGAUGGGCAUUUGUUUCUUCGUUGGUGGAUUUGGAAGUUUGAUUGGAACCCCCAUAUCCGGUAUUUUGCUUACAUCAAAUUAUACUUGGUGGAAAUCCGCUCUAUUCUCUGGGCUCGCUGCACUGGCCGGUGCCCUGAUGUACAGCUUCAUGGGUUUCAUUUGCAUCAGAAGAAAUAAGUUCUAAGUGAGCGGCUUAUCGUCGAACGCGGACCCAUAGAAAUACACGAGAAUCAUCAAAGCACGAUAACACAGGCCUGUUUAGGCUGGUCUUGAUAGAAGUUGGGGCACGGGCACGAAGCCAAAACGUUAAGUACGUUGAUAUAGGAUAGAAGUGAUUGCCGCUGCGCGGCUUGUUGUGUCACCAGAAUUUGAUUCCACAGGGAUUCCCCU